UGUUCGUUCGUUCAUUCGCUUUAAAUUGUGGUUUAUUUAAAAGAAAAGUAAAGUUGUUUAUUUUUGUGUCUAAAUUGAUUAAAAAGAAGAGAGAGUUUAAUUUUCGUAUUACUUGGCGCUCCUGAGGAAGAGGUUGUUCUUUGUGAGAAAGAAGAGAAUUUAUUUACGAAUUGACUUUUAUUUUUUGUUCUUCAAUUGGCCCUCGGUGGACCAAGUUUUUUUUGGAUUAUUUGGCAACAGGUCUUUGGUAGACCAACAACAAAAUUUGCUUGAAAGUUAUUCCUCGGUGGGAUAGUUUUCGGAUUGACAACUUUUUUUGAGAUUUUUUUUUAAAAAUAAAUCUUAUUCAGUUUUCCCUCGGUGGGUGGAUUGAAUUUUCAUCUUGUCAAAUUUUAGCCUCGGUGGAUAAAAUUUGAAUUUGGCUUGGAAAACAGCAAAAGAAUGGAAACGACGCCCCAAAAUUGGAAUCAAUAUUUUCUUCAGCAUCAAACUCCAAUGAAUAUUGCCAUCAAUACGCAAUCAGAGCAUCCUUAUAACCAAUUCUACGGCUUUCCAAAUUUGUUUUACCAUCCAAUUAUCCCUCAACAAAUGAUAUACCAUCCUUCCUCUUUCAUCCCACCAGAAUCGACUCAACUAAUCGAACAAUUACUUUUGGAAACCAUUCCCGAUUUGGAUGGAACCGAAGGAAGUUUUGAAAUGAAGAAGUUCUUCAAGAAAUUCGAUAUUACUCUACAAGAUUGGUCAGAGAAAAAGAAAAUUUUUGCUCUGAAAUCCAAGCUGUAUGGCAAGGCAAAGAGUUUCUUCAUUCUUGCAAUCAAGUCCAGACACUACAACUAUAAAUCGAUUAAGAAUUUCAUCCUUUGUCAACUCCUUCCAUCUGAGUACAAAGUCGAGGAGUCAAUCGAUUUAGUUAAAAAGCAAACCAACUCCACUCAACAAAAGAAAAAUUUGAAAGGUCAUGAGAAAUGUCACAAACAGCAAAACAUUCCCACGCCAUCUUUCAAAAAUAAGGUCAACAUUCGAUUUGAAAAAGAAGAAUUUCCCAAAGAAAUUUUGGAGUUUUUCGAAAAGCCAAUCGACCAAGAUUCGGCUAAAGACGAAAGCGAAUUUGAAAAUUUUGAGAAAAAGGGAAAACUUAAUAACCAAUUUCAAAAAUCAUCGCUCAACAAGAUUAACGUUCCAUUCGAAAAUGUUUCCUACCCUUCUGAAGUUUUGGAAUUUUUCGGAUGUCCAAAAGAAAAGGAACCAUCAAUUGUUGAAAAAGAAAUUAAAUUGGUUGAUGAAUUGCAAAAUUCGGUCCCAACGGAUUUACACAAAAAGGAAAUCAAGAAGGAUAUUAAGGAAAAGAAUUUGUUAGUGGAGUUUGAAAAGGAAGCUGAUUUUGAUCUUCCCAUAAAUUUAUUUGAAGAAAAGGCUGAAAAUAAAUUUAAAGAGGAAAGUGAUAUUUCCGAAAAAGAUUUGGAUAUUGGUUUAUUGGAAGAUUCUGGAAAUGAACAAUUUUGUGAAUUGGAUUUGGAACUUAACUUCUCCUUAGAUGGAAAACAAGAUUUUGUAUCUGUUGAAGUUCUUAUUCCGACAGAAAUUCAUGUUUUUCAAGAAAUUGUUCCAUUGGAUAUUCCCGUUGAAAUUGUUUCUUCUGAAAGUGAAAAGUGUUUUGAUUUGGAAAAAGUUGGCGAAGCAUCUGUUGAGUUGAAUGAAUUUGGAAAGGAAGAAUGUGAUUUGAAAGAAAGAGGAGGUGAUUUGUGUGUUGAUUUGAAAGAAUUUGAAAAAGAAAGUGAAGAGUAUUUUGAUUUGAAGGAAAUGGAUGAUUAUUGUUAUGGUUUGGAAGUUGAAGAAAAUGAUGAUAAGCAAGAAAGUUUGGGACCUAAAUUGGAAGUGUUUGAGUCGGAUCCUGAAAAAGAAAUCCUCCCAACACGAGACAAAUUGAAAAUUUUGGAAGAAAAUGAAAAUGUUAAGGAAAAAAGAAAAUUGUUAAGGUCAAAAUUGAAGGAAGCAAGAAUUUUGGCAAGACUAAGAUGUGAGGUUCUAAUGAAAGAAAAUAAAAAUCACGGGACGAUUUUUUCUCGAAGUUCGGAGGUGUUUGAACUUUGAAA